AUGCGACUUGCUGGCACGAUGCGUUCACGGGAGAGUUCGACUAGCUGGCAAAAUGUUGGCUCAAGAAUUCGUCUCGCGGGCCACGGCAAGACUCGAAAUACAAAUCCCGUCGCUUCUCUCGCCUUCCUCGCCAGCGGCGGCUACAUCCUGCUGAUACCCGACCACUAUUUCGCCCGGGGCGCCGCGCACGUCUCUAUUACCAGCACACAAGCAAUCGUAUGUAAGCAGCUGCAGCCUUGCCUGCUAAUACCCACGAAACAACUGAUGUUAGUUGCAGAAGUAUUGCCAGCCGCCGCGGCCACGACCGCCUCAAUAUUAGAGUGUGACCAUCGAGCAGAAGUGUUUUCAGCCGCCCCAGCCACCGCGUCAAUAAGAGAGGGUGGCGGUCGCUUGCCGCUUCCGCUGCUGCUGCUGCGCCGGUGCGCGUCUCGAUGUCGCUCCCUACUCUGGUCUAUUCUUCCUUCGCGCUGGGGCAGUGCGUACCCUUCUCUGCUCUUCCUUCGCGCUGUGGCCGUGGCAGUGGCGGCCGUGGACGCAGUACUGGAUAGGCUUGUGCGGCUGGGGACCCGCCUGCUCGGAAGUGUGCGAGAAGCGCGCUCAACAGCCCUCCAUGCUCAGUGCCCAGCAUUCUACCGAUCCGGCCCCUACACUUCUGUUCUAUUCUGCUUCCUUGGCCUUACGGCGGUGGCCAUGGCCGUGGACGUAGUAGUAGGCAGGCGUGGUCUCCGUGGUAGACUUGUUGCGUUGUUGGAGGGUUCGGCGGCGUGGACGUACGGCAUAUUCGGCGCGGACGAGCACUGCUACGACGACAAAGACAACCCUAACAGCAGCAGUUGCUGUGCUCCAGUUACGGCUUCGCCUUCCUUUUCACCGGCGCGGAAGUGUGCGAAGGGCUGCGUUGUUCGUACUGCCUGGACGGACGGACGACGCACCUGGCACAGGCGCAUAAUACUACGACGACACACACUACAAUGCUCGUAUUGUCAGCACUUUCUGUGCUUCAGCAACGGCUUUGUCAUUCUUUUCUGCUUCUUUCGCCCGCAAGUGUGCGAAAAGCGCUCUUCUGCGGUCUAG